GAAUCGUAGAAUGAAGAUUGCCGUUGUUGGUUGCGGACAUGGCGAGCUGGAGCGCAUGUACGAGACGAUUGCUCACAUGGAGCACGAGCGGAGCAUCUCGAUCGACCUGCUGAUUGUCUGCGGCGACUUUCAAGCUGUCAGGAACGAGCGCGACCUCGACUUUAUGGCCUGCCCGCCAAAGUACCGCGAGCUGCGGACCUUCCACCGCUUCUACUCUGGCGCUGCUGUGGCGCCCGUGCUGACGCUGGUCAUCGGAGGCAACCACGAGGCGUCCAACCACAUGUGGGAGCUCCCCUUGGGCGGCUGGGUCGCGCCAAACAUUUACUACCUCGGCUACGCGGGCGUCGUGCGCGUCGGUGGACUCCGCAUUGGAGGCCUGUCAGGCAUCUUCAAGGACAACGACUUUAUGCGUGGACAUCACGAGAGGCCAUUCCAUGUGGCCGACGAAGGCAUGGUCCGAAGCUUUUACCACGUCCGCGAGAUGGACGUGUUUCGGCUGAUGCAUCUCGGUCGCAGUCAGGAUGAGCGUCCGAUUGACGUGUUUCUGAGCCACGAUUGGCCGCAAGGGAUUGCCAACUAUGGCAACGUGCGGCGACUGCUGCAGGAAAAGGCGUUCCUGCGACAAGAAGUCGAGGAAAACACGCUCGGCAGCGGGCCCGCCGAUGUCCUGCUACACGCCGUCAAGCCCCUGUUCUGGUUUUCCGCACACCUCCACGUAAAGUUUGCCGCCAUGGUUCCACAUCCGCCCACACCGCCUGGUCCCGGCCAGGCUCCAGACGCAGCUUCGGCAGCCCCUCGAGCAACUCGAUUCCUCGCUUUGGACAAGUGCUUGCCCGGCCGACAUUUCAUCCAAGUGGUGGAUGUUCCUGCGCCGGCAGAUGGGACCGGCACUGUUGCAUUCGAGUACGAUCCGGAAUGGCAGGCCAUUUUGAUUGCAACGCAUCAGUUUAUGAACUACUGGUCACGGCAACCGAUUACCAUGCCACCACUUCCGCUGCAAGAGUCUGUCAUUGCUCUCGAGUUGGCCAAGCUGCGCGCGCGGACAAGUGACUGGGCAAUUCCAUCCAACUUUGUCCCGACUACACCCACGCAAGAGGAGUUCCAGCGGGGAGCAACACCAGGCACCUCCAAGUUUGAGACGCUCAACAAUGUGACGAUCAAUCCGCAGACCGCUCUGCUUUGUGCCAAACUGGAGAUUCCCAACCCGUGCGCCCAAAGCAUUCUUGGGCGACGCGAUGUUGGCCCCCUGCCCCAAACAGCCCCAGUAGCAAGUGUCGUGCACAAUCCGGACGAGAUUUCACUGGACGAUGAGGACGCCGCCGCGGACGGCGCCCAGUCCGGCAGUAGCGUUGUGAACAAUCCCGACGAAAUCAACCUUGACGACGAUGUGAUGGAAGAUGAGUCGCAUGGUGACGAUGACACUGUCCACGACGAUGCACCAGUCAGCGAAGCAAUCUCUGGGCCCAGCAACCCAGCCGAAAUUUCGCUAGACGACGAGUAACACGGCGUUCAGCGCCCUUUUUUUUCUUCUUCUUUCACAUCAAAUAAGCUGUUGUUUCAUCCAUUUCAGUCAGAAAUAAAUUAUCUAC